UGUGUGUGUGUGCGUUGCUUGCAGGAUAACAAAAAUUACAACAACAAAUAGUACAUAAGAAGUGCCAAAGUGUAAACAUAAUAAAACAAAAUACAUAUAUAUGUAUAUAUAUUAUUGCCAAAAAAACAUAAACAUAUUGUUAAAAUUGUGAUUGAAUUCCAAAUUCAUCGCAUUCAAAAACGCAAAAGACAUGUGCAUUAAUUUAAAUGAAGAGCUACAACCAAUUUAAUUUAAACGCCGCUGCCCCGCCCGCCAUUGCCUACGAGAACGCAGCCGCAGCAGCAGCCCACGAGCAGCAGCAACAACAACAUCAUCAUCAGGAUAUGCCGCACUUUGGACUGGGCAGUGCGCCGCCGCCGCCUCCUACAACGCAGCAGCAGCAACAACAACAACAACAACAGCAGCAGCAGCUACAAGUGCAUCAUCAGCAGCAGCAGCAGCAGCAGCAACAACAACAACAAAUGCAAAUGUCCUUAAUGCCGGGUCCUGGACCAUAUCGGCCACAUAUUGAGGAAAAGAAAUUAACCCGCGAUGCCAUGGAAAAAUAUAUGAGAGAACGCAAUGACAUGGUCAUUGUUAUCCUUCAUGCCAAGGUGGCUCAAAAGUCCUAUGGCAAUGAGAAACGUUUCUUUUGCCCGCCACCGUGUAUCUAUCUGUUUGGCAGCGGUUGGAGGCGACGCUACGAGGAGAUGCUGCAACAUGGCGACACCGAGCAGGGAGCCCAAUUGUGUGCAUUCAUUGGAAUUGGUAGCAGUGAUCAGGAUAUGCAACAAUUGGAUCUCAAUGGCAAGCAAUAUUGUGCCGCAAAGACUUUGUUCAUUUCCGAUUCGGAUAAGCGUAAACAUUUUAUGCUAUCGGUGAAAAUGUUUUAUGGCAAUGGCCAUGACAUCGGGGUAUUCAAUUCGAAACGCAUUAAAGUCAUCUCGAAACCGUCCAAAAAGAAGCAAUCCCUCAAGAAUGCCGAUCUAUGCAUAGCAAGCGGCACAAAUGUCGCCCUCUUCAAUCGCCUGCGCUCACAGACUGUCUCCACGCGGUAUUUGCAUGUGGAGAAUGGACAUUUCCAUGCCUCAUCCACCCAAUGGGGUGCCUUUACGAUACAUCUUCUGGAUGACAAUGAAUCCGAAUCGGAGGAAUUUCAAGUACGUGACGGCUACAUACACUAUGGGGCAACAGUGAAGCUUGUCUGCUCCGUAACGGGCAUGGCUCUGCCACGUCUCAUUAUACGUAAAGUGGACAAACAAAUGGCAUUGCUUGAGGCCGAUGAUCCCGUUUCGCAGCUGCAUAAAUGUGCCUUCUACAUGAAGGAUACGGAUCGCAUGUAUUUGUGCCUAUCGCAGGAGAAAAUCAUACAAUUUCAGGCCACCCCCUGCCCCAAGGAACCCAACAAAGAGAUGAUCAAUGAUGGCGCCUGCUGGACAAUCAUAUCAACCGAUAAAGCUGAAUAUCAAUUCUAUGAGGGCAUGGGUCCAGUGACGACUCCCGUUACACCUGUGCCAAUUGUCAAUUCCCUGAAUCUCAAUGGUGGCGGCGAUGUGGCCAUGUUGGAGUUGAGUGGUGACAAUUUCACACCACAUUUACAAGUCUGGUUUGGUGAUGUCGAAGCGGAGACAAUGUAUCGCUGCACAGAGACCUUAUUGUGUGUGGUGCCAGAGAUAUCACAGUUUCGAGGCGAAUGGCUUUGGGUACGUCAGCCGACACAAGUUCCCAUUUCAUUGGUGCGCAAUGAUGGAAUAAUUUAUGCAACUGGUUUAACCUUUACCUAUACACCAGAGCCGAGACCGCGACAACAUUGUAAUCCUCAAGCCGAAGAUGUGAUGCGAACACGUCAUAAUAAUAAUAAUAACAAUAAUAAUAAUAAUAAUAACAUCACAAGCAUUAGUAACAAUAAUAACAAUGCUGGUUCACCGGUCGGUAGUGGCAGUAUGCAACAACAACAACAACAACAGCAGCAGCAACAACAACAACAACAACUGCCACCGCUUGCCGAUUGGAGUAGCGGCUUAUCUUGAGUAAAGGAUUAUUGCUUUAUUUUGCAAUUUGAUAAAUUACAUUUAUUUAUGCUAAGUUAUUUAUAGUCUUUAAACAUUUUAGUUAAAAAAAAGAGAAAAACCUUAAAUUCCGAACAAAAAAUGUAAACCCCCAAAAAAAAACCAACUUGAUUAAACGAACCCACAUCCUAUAUAAUUAAAAA